UUUGUCAUGUGACCUAGUACCCAUAAUAAUGAGUACCGCAUGACUAACUGCUAGGUUUAUUGUGCAAAAAGAAACUGUUUUAAGUGUACAUAAAUAUUAUUAGUGUUGUUGAUAGACCCUAAAUUAGUAGACUGCGAAUAAAUCUACCUUAUUAUCCCACAUCUGGAGCUUCUAUCAUGGCGGAAGUGGAGGAGCAGGGAAGAAAAUUAAGUGAAGAAUCCACGGAUGAGUCAGAGGAGGAGGACACAGAGGAGGAGCCUAAACUGAAGUACGAGAGGCUGACCAAUGGCGUGACAGAGAUCUUGCAGAAGGAUGCGGCCAGCUGCAUGACGGUGCAUGACAAGUUCCUGGCUCUUGGGACACACUUUGGAAAGGUUUACCUUUUGGAUAUUCAAGGAAAUGUUACACAGAAGUUUGAAAUUAGUUCAGUGAAAAUAAACCAGAUCAGUUUGGAUGAGAGUGGUGAUCAUGUUGGCAUCUGCUCUGAAGAUGGAAAGGUGCAAGUGUUCGGCCUGUACACUAGGGAGGGCUUCCAUGAAAACUUUGACUGUCCCAUCAAGGUCGUGGCGCUACACCCUCAGUUCAGCAAAUCCAACAAUAAACAGUUUGUGACUGGAGGAAACAAGCUUUUGCUUUAUGAGAAGAACUGGCUGAACCGUUGGAAGACCUCUGUUCUACACGAAGGAGAGGGAAACAUCACCAGUGUGAAAUGGAGAGCCAACCUCAUUGCCUGGGCAAACAAUGUGGGUGUGAAAAUUUAUGACAUCAGCAGUAAACAGCGCAUCACUAAUGUGUUGCGGGACAACACCAGUCUUAGGCCGGAUAUGUACCCCUGCAGUCUGUGCUGGAAAGACAACGCCACACUGAUCAUCGGCUGGGGCUCUUCUGUUAAGAUAUGUGUUGUUAAAGAGCGUGACCCAACAGAAAUGAGAGAUCUACCCAGUCGCUACGUUGAGAUUGUGUCAGCAUUUGAGACCGAGUUCUUCAUUAGUGGACUGGCGCCUUUGGCCGAUCAGCUGGUCACUCUGUUCUAUGUCAAGGAGAACUCAGAGCACAUGGAGGAGGAGGAGGAGUUCAGAACACGGCCCCGUUUAGACAUCAUUCAGCCGUUACCCGAGGGCUGUGAGGAGAUCUCAUCAGAUGCUCUCACUGUACGCAACUUCCAGGAGAACCAGUGCAGGGACUACCGGCUCGAACACUCUGAGGGAGAGUCUCUGUUCUACAUCAUCAGUCCUAAAGACAUUGUAGUGGCUAAAGAAAGAGACCAGGAUGACCACAUCGACUGGCUUCUGGAGAAGAAGAAAUAUGAAGAAGCACUGAUGGCUGCAGAGAUCAGCUUCAGAAACAUUAAACGGCAUGAUGUACAGAAAAUUGGAAUGGCGUACAUCAAUCAUCUGGUGGAGAGAGGAGAUUAUGAUGCAGCUGCCAGAAAGUGUCAAAAAGUGCUUGGAAAGAACAUGGAUCUCUGGGAGAAUGAAGUGUACAGGUUUAAAACCAUUGGACAGUUGAAAGCCAUCAGUCAGUACUUACCAAGAGGAGACCUUCGUCUUCGACCCGCAAUUUAUGAGAUGAUACUUCACGAGUUCCUCAAGACUGACUAUGAGGGUUUUGCCACACUUAUUCGCGAGUGGCCAGGAGAGCUGUACAACAACAUGGCUAUAGUUCAGGCAGUGAAUGAACACCUGAAGAAGGACCCCACCAACAGCACGCUUCUCACCACACUGGCCGAACUCUACACAUAUGAUCAGCGUUACGAUCGCGCGCUGGAGAUCUACCUGAAACUGAGACACAAAGAUGUUUACCAACUCAUUCACAAACACAACCUAUUCUCCGCCAUCAAAGACAAGAUUGUCCUGCUCAUGGAUUUCGACAAAGAGAAAGCUGUUGACAUGCUGCUGGAUAAUGAUGAUAAAAUAUCGAUGGACAAAGUGGUGGAGGAAUUAAAAGACAGACCUGAGCUGUUGCAUGUGUAUUUGCAUAAGCUGUUUAAGCGGGACCAUCAUAAGGGGCAGAAGUACCAUGAGAGGCAGAUCAGUUUGUAUGCUGAGUAUGAUCGACCCAACCUACUGCCCUUCCUCAGAGAGAGCAUGCACUGCCCACUAGAGAAGGCUUUGGAAAUCUGUCAACAGAGGCACUUUGUAGAAGAGACCGUCUUCCUGCUCAGUCGUAUGGGAAACUGCAGACGAGCCCUGCAGAUGAUCAUGGAGGAGCUGGCGGAUGUAGACAAGGCCAUUGAGUUUGCUAAAGAGCAGGAUGACAGAGAACUCUGGGACGAUCUCAUCUCUUACUCUAUAGACAAACCACCAUUUAUCACAGGCCUCUUGAAUAACAUUGGAACCCAUGUGGACCCCAUCCUGCUCAUUCACCGCAUUAAAGAAGGGAUGGAGAUUCCUAACCUUAGAGACUCACUGGUUAAGAUUCUACAAGACUACAAUCUACAAAUCUUACUGAGAGAGGGCUGUAAGAAGAUCCUGGUGGCAGAUUCACUGUCUCUUCUACAGAGGAUGCACAGGACACAGAAGAGAGGAGUGCGGGUGGAUGAAGAAAACAUCUGUGAAUCCUGCCACACUCCUAUUUUACCAUCAGACACGGCUCAGGCAUUUGGUGUGGUGGUGUUUCACUGCAGACACAUGUUCCACAAGGAGUGUCUGCCGUCCCCUGGGAACGUCGCAGGAAUACAGUAUUGUAACAUCUGCAGUGCAAAGCGGAGAGGACCAGGCAGUGGCAUACUGGAGAUGAAGAAAUAAUCAUUCCUAGAAUAAGAGUUAUCAAUAAUUACCACUCUCUCAUCAGAUCCUGUCAACAAUCAUAAAAUAAGCUUUCCUUAACUAACUGUAUUUAUUAAUGCAAGCUUGUGAUUGCUACAUUUUGUUUCAUAAAAGCACCAAUAAAGCAGUUGUAUAAUCUA